AUGGCGGUGGGGAAUUUGUUAAAGAUAAAGAGGCCAAAUCUAUUUUGGACUUCAUAUGCCACUCAUACAUUGAAUCUCAUGCUCCAAGGGAUUGGUGACCAACCAAGAUUCAAAGGAGUGAUUGAGAAGGCAAAGACAUUCACUAUCUUUGAUGAGGAAUCAUACAAAGAAAAGAGACAUAGCAAAGAAGACAUUAAAGAGGCAUUCAAACAUCAAGAGGCCAAUUAUCGGCCAAUCAUAGAAAUUAUUGAUGACAAAGCCCGUGGUCUUGAUAGUCCAUUACAUUUGACGGCUUACCUCUUGAACCCUUAUUACUUCUACAAGGAUGAAGACAUACAGUAUGAUCAAGUUGUCAUGGAAGGGUUAUUACUUUGUGUUAAGAAGUUUUUUCCCGAUGACCUUGAGACCCAAAAUGUUGUGGCAAAUGAAGAGUUGUUGAUGUAUAAGAGCAAAGGAGGUGGAUUUGGAAGAGCUUUAGCUAAGUUGGGAUGUGCUAAAAAUGAUGACAAGUAUGAUCCGGUUGGAUGGUGGUCCAAUUAUGGAAAUGGAACACCCAAAUUGCAAAAAAUGGCUAGAAGAAUACUCUCUUCAACUACAAGUUCAUCCGGGUGCGAGAGAAAUUGGAGUACUUUUGAGGGAAUCCAUUCAAAGAAAAGGAAUAGACUAGAUGUUUCAAGGUUGAACAAUCCACUCUAUGUCCAAUUCAAUGCCAAGAUCAUCAACAAAAAAAGAAGAGCUCAAGAGUUGGGUGUAGAUGUGCUACUUGGUAAUGAAGCUAGUAGGGCUCAAGGGUGGAUUGUUGAUGGUGGUAAUGAAGAAGAUGACUCAGAUAUUACUAGUGAAAUGGAGGGAGAGGCUUCAGGAGUGGAUACUGGGCCUAGGAGAAGCUCUAGAAAUGUAGAGGUAAGAGAACUUCAUGAUGAAGAUUUUGUAUUGGAUGAGGACACGGAAGAGGAGGGAGAAGAAGAGGAUGUUGAGUUUGCGUCCAAUACCGAAGGAGUCUUGGAUGGAUAUGGAAAAGAAGAGUUAGAGGUUUAG